GCUCAUGGCGGAAGCGACUCUGACCUCCGAGUUCCCGCAGCCGGCUGGUGUCGCGCGCUGGGCCGAGGCUAUGGCUCGCUUUGCGGCCAGGCUGGGCGCGCAGGGCCGGCGGGUGGUGCUGGUCACGUCCGGCGGCACCAAGGUCCCGCUGGAAGUGCGAGCCGUGCGCUUCCUAGACAACUUCAGCAGCGGGCGGCGCGGAGCUGCCUCGGCCGAGGCCUUCCUGGCCGCGGGGUACGGGGUCAUCUUCUUGUACCGCGCUCGCUCCGCUUUCCCCUUUGCCCACCGCUUCCCGCCCCAGACCUGGCUGUCGGCUCUGCGGCCCUCCGGCCCAGCCCGUGCGGGGACGCUGCCCUUGGAGGCCGAGGAGAAGGCGCUCCCGGGCUUCGCUGCAGCCUUGCUGAGCUACCAAGAGGCCGCGGUUGCCGGCACUUUCCUCGCCGUAGAGUUCACCACUUUGACGGACUAUUUGCAUCUGCUGCAAGCUGCGGCCCUGGCGCUCAACCCACUAGGCCCUUCUGCGAUGUUCUACUUGGCUGCGGCCGUGUCAGAUUUCUAUGUUCCUGUUUCUGAAAUGCCUGAACACAAGAUCCAGUCAUCUGCUGGCCCACUGCAGAUAACAAUGAAGAUGGUGCCAAAAAUGCUUUCUCCUUUGGUUAAAGACUGGGCUCCGAGAGCAUUUAUAAUUUCCUUUAAGUUGGAGACUGACCCAUCCAUUGUAAUUGAUCGUGCACAUACUGCUUUGGAAGUUUAUCGACAUCAAGUGGUGGUGGCCAAUGUCCUUGAUACUCGGAGGUCCUUUGUAGUUAUCGUUAGAAAAGACUCGGAAACCAAGCUCCUGUUGUCAGAGGAAGAAGUAGAGAGGGGCAUAGAGAUAGAACAGAAGAUAGUGGAAAAUCUUCAGUCUCAACACACAGCUUUUAUAUGUGACAAAAACUAAAAAACCAUUUUAGGGGGCGAAAUAUGUUCAGUGGACCAGAACUCUUACAGAGCAUAAUGGUGAGAACUAGAAUUUAAUCCUUUGCUUUCAUAAAACCGGAGAAAAGUGAAGAGAAUGCGAAAAGCAGUAGUGUGAAGAAGAACGUAAUUUGGUAUUUGUCUUUUAAAGGUCUUUUUUAAUCAUUAAACAUGAAAAAAAAGUAAAGCAACUAUGACCAAACUACCUGAUGCACUUACCUGGAUGUCCUCACGAUUUUGAAAAUGCAUCUAAUAGCCAUUUCUCACCUUAAAGAGAAGAACCAUAUUGAGGAUUAUAUUCUGUCCAUCAAGAUACACAUGGGAGCCGGAAUGCCAGACUUCUUCAUAGUAUAAGAGAAGAAUUAUGGAUACAUAUGUGGUGGUGAGUGCAUAUUAUGUGCCAGGCCCAUGCUAAAUUUUGAGGAUUAAAAAGAUGAAUAAAAAUGUAGAUUGGAAAAUGGAUUGUAAACGAGUGCAAUAAAGUAUAUACCCAAAAGUCAA